AUGGCUCUUCAUAUUCAUGAAGCUUGCAUACUGCUGUUGGUCAUCCCUGGAUUGGUCACCUCUGCUGCCAUCAGUCAUGAAGACUAUCCUGCUGAUGAAGGUGACCAGAUCUCCAGUAAUGACAAUCUGAUCUUUGAUGACUAUCGAGGGAAAGGGUGUGUGGAUGACAGCGGCUUUGUAUACAAGCUGGGAGAACGAUUUUUCCCAGGGCAUUCCAACUGUCCCUGUGUCUGUGCUCUAGAUGGACCUGUUUGUGACCAGCCAGAAUGCCCUAAAAUUCACCCAAAGUGUACUAAAGUGGAACACAAUGGAUGCUGUCCUGAGUGCAAAGAAGUGAAAAACUUUUGUGAAUAUCAUGGGAAAAAUUACAAAAUCUUGGAGGAAUUUAAGCCCUCUCCAUGUGAAUGGUGUCGCUGUGAGCCCAGCAAUGAAGUUCACUGUGUUGUAGCAGACUGCGCAGUUCCUGAAUGUGUCAACCCAGUCUAUGAACCAGAACAAUGUUGUCCUGUCUGCAAAAAUGGUCCAAACUGCUUUGCAGGAACUACAAUAAUUCCAGCUGGCAUUGAAGUGAAAGUGGACGAAUGUAACAUCUGUCACUGUCACAAUGGGGACUGGUGGAAGCCUGCUCAGUGUUCAAAACGUGAAUGCCAAGGCAAGCAGACUGUGUAG